CGCUCUGCAAUUAGUGCCCGAAUAGCAAAGUUACCACAACUACCACCAAACGAUGAGGACGAUGGUGAAAAAUACAAGAUUUCUGAUGGAAUCGGCGAACUCUCGACUGGCAUGGGGCCACCUCCACUACCACGGCCAAGCACAUCAACCAGAAAGCCAAAACCACCAAAUCCUGAAUUCAAGCCUUUGAGUCCUGCUUCAUACUUUUCUCAGGCAUUGCAGAUAUCGCUCCCUACCCGAGCCCUCGACGUUCGGGUGUAUUACACUCCUCCGAAAUACGACAAUGGAGGUGUUAUAGUAUUCCACCACGGUGCGGGAUAUGCGGGUACGAGCUUUGCAUGUCUCGCGAAAGAGAUAAGUGAGGUCAUGAGGGAUAAUGUCGGUGUCCUGGCCUUUGAUGCCAGGAGACAUGGAAAGACAACAUCGUCUCAGUCUGAUGAAGACCUUUUGAUCGAUGUCCUUGUUGAUGAUUUUUGUGCUCUGCUACAGACGAUAUACCCAGAUGUGGCAGCAGCUCCAAAUUUAAUUCUUGUUGGACACAGCAUGGGAGGAUCUGUCUGCGUUCGCGCCUGUUCCAUACUUCAGCAACGCAAAUAUAAUAUUGCAGGAGUGGCCGUUUUGGAUGUGGUAGAAGGCACAGCAGUAGAAGCGCUGCCUCACAUGCACGCGAUUCUCAAUUCUCGACCCGAGGGUUUCGAUAGCGUCGAAGAAGCAAUCGAGUGGCACGUCAAUACGGGCCUUAUCCACAACCCCACUUCUGCCCGUGUUUCGAUUCCAUCUAUCGUCGUUCCUGCAGAUUCUGCUCUUACGCCCAGCACGCGCUGGUUCCCGUCGCUGUCAUCUCUAUUCCUCGGGCUUCGCCCCACGCGGCUCUUAGUAUUAGCAAAUGCAGAGCGCCUUGAUACGACGCUCAUGGCUGGUCAGAUGCAGAGCAAAUUCUGGCUCGAAGUCAUGGCUGGUUCGGGUGUGGGACAUCUCGUGCACGAGGACGAUCCAACAAAGCUGGCAGAGAUUCUGGCAGAUUUUUGGAGGCGCAAUGAACGCAUCAUGGUUCGAGGUAACGUCAUCAAGGCGGUCGGGGAGGUUUAGAGGAGCUAGACAUGUCAAUCAAUAUAUAUUUGGUUGUGCGCGUUGCGCGCAUCGACCUGAAUCACAGGCUCAGUGCAGGACAUAGGUAAUAUGAACUUUGAAGGCG